AUCUAAAACAUGAAGAGCUGCUGUUUUUUUCAUUUUCCGCGUAAAUCCAAUCUUGAUACACACAUUAAUAACCAUGAAGAUUGAUCCACUUUUCAUUCGAGUAGAGCAAAUGCACCAUUUUGUCAACAUCCAUUUUGAAAGAUCAAGUGAUUGUCGAGUUUUAGUCGUUCUGAAAAGGCGGAGGAAAGGUACUUGUUGAUUGUAUUAAACUUAGGAGUAAAAAUUGGAAGAUGUAAGAACAUUAGGGUGUAGAAGGAAGAUUUAAUAUUCUUCCUACUUCCUGGACCGAAAGCCAAACCGGAUUCAUUUAUCGAAAAUAAAACUGAAAUUUGUAACCUUAGACCUGAAAUUUUAAUGCCAAAUCAAUAUAAUAAAACCAAACAAACCAUAAUAUAUUUAAAUUGUAAAUUAAAUUAAAUAUAUACAAAGCUACGUUUAGAUUAAAAUAAAUUACUUAUAUUUUAUUCACUUCCUAACAAUAAUUAAAAUAAAAUUCAAACCAAACCGAAAAUUGUGAAACCAAAUCAAUCAAAAAAUAUAACCCUAAUUCAGGUCUACUUUUCAAAAUUCAGAAAACUCAAAACCAGUAUAAAUUUCUAACCAAACCGUACCAAUUAGAAGAAAAAGACUGAUGGCACCUUCCGCUGACAUGCUUCAGUUAAAACAGUGUGCGUUUUGUUUUGCGGUUGUUCUCCAACUUCCUCGUCUUCUUACAACAUAUUGUACUGCCUUUUAUCUUUUUCUCUUUUUCUCGUCUCUGUAACUCUGUCUGAUUUCUAUUUAUUUUAAUUCUUAAUAAGUUUAUUUUAAAAUUUUCUGAAUUAAUCAUUCAUCUGAGAAGGUGAACUCUGCAUCUCAAUCAGAGCUGGCUCUAAAAUUUAUGGGAUCUGAAUCAAUUAGGGUAUAAAAGAUAGAUAAUCAAUAAAUAUACAUGUUUUGGAUAGUUUAGAACUCGAAUAAUGUAUACUCAUAUGUUUUUGAGUUCUCACAUAUACAAGUUCAACUUUUUUGGUUCGACUAUUAUGAAAAUAUCUUAAAUUUUAAUUAUAUAUAUACUUUCAUGAUUAACUAUUUUCCAUAAUAACAGUCAAUCAAAAUUUGGUAAACAUAAAUAAUUUCAUCGAAGUUUUUUAUUUUUGAAACACAGACGUUCGAUGAAAUUAAUUAUUUUUAUUAGUUUUGACUGACUAUUAUUAUGAAAAAUAGUUAAUCAUAAUUAUUUCAUCGAAGUUCACAAUUUAGAAUCAUUACCUAAUAAAAAUGUAUUCAAAAGUAAACGUUUUGAAUAAUUUAUUUCUAAAACAUAAAUCAUUUUGAACCGGAUGUAAUAUAUAUUAAACAUUAAAAGUUUGUGAACCAAAACAGAUUUUUCAUCUGGUUGUUCAUAAGAUUUUUCAUCUGGUUGUUCAUAAGAACUGGCAUUAGGUGAACUUAUCUCUUUUCAAAGUCAUUUUGUAAGCACUAAUAAUUAAAUGGUUAAUUUAGUUUAAUUUCUCUUGUUGGUUGUAAUUUUUUUUGAUAUUAUUUAUAGCUUUUUUUAUGUGUUAUUGUGAUACUUCUUCUAAUCAUUUUAUUUUUAUUUUUAUUGUAACUGCCCUUUCAAUUUCUUUUAUACCUCAACAGAGGAAAAAAAGAUAUUGAGUUGUCAUUGUGAUUGGUAUGUAAUCUUCAGUUUUUGUUUUCCUUAUCUAUAUAAUGAAUACUAAGUCUAUGUGUCUCAUUAUUCCCUGAUAUAUUAUAUUGGGAAUUGGAUAUUGGGCUAGGGUUCUUAGAUCCUUUGGUUGCUAACAUCUUUGUUUUUCUCAGUUCCUAGAAGGGUCAUCUGGUUUUGUGGAGUGAAUUGAUUGAUUUCAAUUCAAUGGUUCUUGCAGCAGAAUCUCGGAUCAAAGAGGAAAAGGAGGACACCAAUGUAGGACCUCCUAAUAUCCCCCGUCAUCCAGAGGUUCUUGCUAGAUGGGAUCCAGCUAAAGCGCGGAGGCCAGACAUUGCUGAAGCGCCAGUAUUCUACCCUUCAUUAGAGGAGUUUGAAGAUACAGUUGCUUACAUAGAAAAAAUACGUCCCUCAGCUGAACCAUAUGGUAUUUGCCGUAUCGUACCACCCUUGAAAUGGUCUCCUCCUUUUCGGCUUAGAGAGAAAAGUAUAUGGGAGGGUAUAAAGUUCCCCACCCGGGUUCAGGACGUGGAGCUGCUUCAGAACAGAGGGCCUGUGAAGCAGAAGCAGAAGAAGAAACCUAAGGUAAGAAAACGGAAACGAAGUUCCUCCUCCAAGAGACCUCCUAGCUCCGUUCCCGCUUCGGUUUCGUCUCCCGAGGAAGAAGAGGCAUUUGGUUUCAACUCUGGCCCAGACUUCACUCUUGAGGAGUUUGAGAAGUACGCUCGGUGUUUCAAGGAAUCCUAUUUCGAAAGUAAAGAAGGUAACGCUCCGUCGGUUGAAGAGACUGAAGGAGAGUACUGGAGGAUUGUAGAGCAAGCAACCGAUGACGUGGAGGUAUAUUAUGGAGCUGACUUAGAGAGCAAGGUUCUUGGAAGUGGAUUCGAGAGAGGAGAAACUUCUGGUUGGAACCUUAACAACUUGCCUCGUCUCUCGGGCUCUUUGCUAUCAUUCGAGCGUGGAGACAUCUCGGGCGUUCUCGUGCCAUGGGUCUAUGUUGGGAUGUGUUUUUCAACCUUUUGCUGGCAUGUGGAGGACCAUCACUUAUACUCAAUAAACUACAAUCACUUUGGUGAGCCAAAAGUGUGGUACGGAGUUCCUGGAACCCAUGCAACUGCACUAGAGAAGGCCAUGAGGAAACAUUUACCAGAUCUUUUCGAGGAAACACCUGAUCUACUCCAUGGACUCGUCACUCAGUUCUCACCAUCCAUUUUGAAAGAGGAGGGAGUCCCGGUUUAUCGUGCGGUUCAGCGUGCAGGGGAGUAUGUUCUCACAUUCCCUAGGGCGUAUCACGCCGGUUUCAACUCCGGUUUCAACUGUGCAGAAGCUGUGAACGUCGCUACCGUUGACUGGUUAUCUCACGGACAGAACGCUGUGGAGUUAUUGAGUGACGAGAACAAGAAAACGUCUGUGUCUCACGACAAGCUUCUCCUUGGAGCAGCUUACGAAGCUGUUAGGUCCUUGUCAGGUGGUGGGGGAGAUAGUGGAAAGAGCUUAGCAUGGAGAAGCUUCUGCGGGAAGAACGGGACUCUUACUAAGGCAGUGGAGACUCGGUUACGUAUGGAAGAAGGAAGGAUUAAGGCUCUUGGAAGCGGUUUCAAUUUGAUAAAGAUGGAGAAGGACUUUGAUUCGAACUGCGAGAGGGAGUGCGUAAAGUGCUGUUAUGACUUGCAUCUCACGGCAUCUGGCUGCAACAAAUGCUCUCCUGGAGAGUAUGCUUGCACUAAGCACGCUAACGAGCUUUGUUCAUGCGAAGGGAAUGAUCGGUUUGUACUUCUUCGUCACACCGUAGAUGAGUUGAGAUCGUUGGUUAGAGCGUUGGAAGGCGAAGCAGAGCAUCUAAAGACUUGGGCUUCCAAGGUUAAAGAACCUAGAGGUUUUGAUCUGAACCUUGAGUAUCAAGUGGAUGGCGAGUUUGAUAAUACUUCAGACGCACGCCAUGAUGCAUCCAUGUUGAACUUUGCUGCCUAUGUUCAGUCGAGUACUGGAACCAUAAUUAGAAACUGAGAGGUUCGUUGGAAGAGAAAGAUUGCCUCAUCUCAAACACUUCCCUGAACUUAACCAGAGAAAGACAUUUUGGGGACAUUUUGGUUUUUGGCAUUUAGUUUUUGGUUUUUGAUUUCCAGUAGAUUUUAGCUAAAAACUUGAAUGUUGCUUUUAGAUUUUGGUUUUCAUUUCCAGAGUAAAAUAAAAUACUAAUAAACAAAACUUAUUAUGAAAACAAAUAGUAUUAUCAGCAAAAAUAAAUAAUUAUAUAUUAAAAAUUAUUUUAAUAUGAAACAACAAAAAGUGUUAUAAAAUAAAAACUACGAGCUACAUGUAUAAUUGCAUUUAAUUUAAUAUCAAUAGAAAAACAGUUAACUAAUUAAACUUCCAAAAAAACAAAAUUUAAUUAUAUUUUAUAAAUAUGGUAAGAAUGAAUAAAAUUUAUGCAAUUCCAGUAUUACAAAAUAAAAUCAAUAUAUGUAUUUUCAAAGUAUAUUACUUCCAGACAAUUAAUAAUUACAUUUUAUAUUAACAUAAUUAAAAAAACUAUAAUUUUAAAAAUAUGGUAAAAAUGCAUAAAAUUUCUGUAAUUUUGUUAAAUAAAAUUGAAUUACAAUGUGUUACAUAUAUAAUACAUGAACAUACUUUUUUUUAUAUUAGUUUUUAUUGCAAUAUUUUGAUUUUGGUUUUUAGAUAUUAGUAUUUGAUUAUUCUAUAAAUAUUUGGUUCUUCUAAAUUUGAUUUGUUAUUUUUAUAAUAAUUAUUUUUCAUAUAAAAUAUUCUUAAUAAAUGUGACAUACAAAAAUCUUAAUAUGAUAUUAUUUUGAAUCCAAAACGUAAAGCCGGUUUAAAUUUGUUAUUAGACUUUUUUCAAAUAUUUCAUACUAAUCAGAAUUAUACAUUAGAUAACAUUUGUCUAAAUUUCUGAUGUGAAAUUUGAAUUUAUUUAUUAAUAUAAUCUGUAUAGAAAUGCUAUAAAACUAUUUUUUAACUUUUAAACGAAACAUGUAUAUAAAAGCUGAAAAUGUUUUAAAUCAUAUUAUUUUGGUUGUGUGAAUGAGUUCUAGAAGAGUCUCAUAUAAUGAACAUGGUUUCCAACUGUUCAUUUGAGUGUGAAUAAAGGGGGAGAAGGAUAUGGUGGAUUUGAGAAAAUUAGUUUCUGAAAUUUGUGCUUAAAAUGAACUUUAAAAGAUAGAAAAUAAGAUAUGGAAUAAAAUAGCUGAACAUUAUUUAAGGUUGAACAGUAAAUGCCCUUGGCCGAGUUACUCGACUUACCCAUAAAACAAGCAAGCAACAAAACACUACAAAAAUGAACAAAAGCAAUAACGAAACAAGAGUUUAGCUGCACACAUACAGAAAGCAUGCAAGUACCAGAAGUAACAAUACUACAAAGAUGACAGAAUGCAACAAACAAGAAUCUAGCUGCUCCAUAUACAGAAACGGCCUUGUGAUACUCACAGAAAAAAAUAGGUUUCAUAGUUAAAGAGUUUGUAGUUUUUUUUUUGAAUAACACGAGUUUGUAGACUAAAUAGUUAAUAUGGAUUAAAGAAAUCCGAAAGUGGAACAAUUCGAUAGAGGUAAGGAAGAGAAGGAACACAUUCAUUCCAUUCGAGAUCAUUAAAUCCUAAUUGUUACAAAUGGACAAAAAGGAUGAUAUUAAGAAUUUUUA